AUGGACCUCUUCAUUGAUAUCGUCACCCCUAACGGGCACAGCUACAAGCAGCCCACUGGUCUCUUCAUUAACAACGAGAUUGUACCUGCCACAGGAGGCCAGACCAUCACAUCUCUUGACCCCGCUACCGACAAGCCUAUUGCCACAGUCCAAGCAGCGAGCGCCGAAGAUGUUGACCGUGCCGUCAAGGCUGCGAAAGCGGCCCUGGUCCACCCCUCAUGGAAAUUGCUUCCCGCCACAGAGCGGGGCCAGUUAAUGGCACGACUCGCCGAUCUCAUGGAGGAGAACAGAGAGCUGUUUGCAUCUAUCGAAGCUUGGGAUAAUGGAAAACCCUACCACGUCGCCCUCGAUGAAGAUCUCACCGAGGCAAUCUCGACAAUUCGCUAUUACAGUGGAUGGGCUGAUAAGACAUAUGGCCAGACCAUCAACACAACUCCCCAAAAAUUCGCCUACACAAUCCGCCAGCCCAUCGGUGUAGUUGGCCAGAUCAUUCCAUGGAACUAUCCCCUUUCUAUGGCCACCUGGAAGCUUGGCCCUGCACUAGCAUGUGGAAACACAGUUGUCCUGAAACCAGCCGAGCAGACACCUCUCAGCGCUCUCAUCCUCGGUACAUUAAUUAAGAAGGCUGGAUUCCCCCCAGGUGUGGUAAAUAUCGUCAACGGCUACGGGCGCGAGGCCGGCGCCGCGCUCGCUUCGCACCCAUUGAUCGAUAAGGUCGCAUUCACAGGAUCCACAAUGACCGCCCGGGAGAUUAUGAAGAUGGCCGCUGGCACACUCAAGAACAUCACGCUCGAAACAGGCGGCAAGUCCCCCCUGCUAGUUUUCCCGGAUGCGGAUAUGGAACAGGCCGUCAAGUGGUCGCAUGGCGGUAUUAUGUCCAACAAGGGCGAGAUUUGUACCGCCACCUCGCGGAUCUUCGUCCACCGCGACAUCAUCGAAGCAUUCACAGCUAGUUACAAGACGGCAGUUGAGAGUGUGAAGAUCGGCGACCAGUGGGAUGAGUCCGUCUUCCACGGACCGCAGGUGACACGCGCGCAAUAUGACCGUAUCCUUUCCUACUUUGAAAUCGCCAAGAGCGAGGGAGCUACUAUUCUCACUGGCGGUGCUGCCUACACGCCGACUGAGGAGAAGAAUAAGAAUGGGUACUUUAUUCAACCUACGGUUAUUGUCAAUGCAACGGAUUCGAUGCGCAUUGCCCGCGAAGAAGUGUUUGGUCCUGUCGUAGUGAUCUUCCCCUUCAAUGAUGAAGAAGAAGCUAUUCGUCGGGCCAACGAUACCACUUACGGCCUUGGUGCGUCUGUCUUCACGCGCGAUUUGGAGCGUGCUCAUCGUGUGGCUGCUGAGAUUGAGUCCGGUAUGGUCUGGAUUAACUCUAGCCAAGAUUGUGAUCCGCGCAUUCCUUUCGGUGGCGUGAAGCAGAGUGGUAUUGGACGUGAGUUGGGAGAGGCAGGUCUGGAGGCAUAUAGCCAGACUAAGGCGGUUCAUGUGAACAUGGGCACCAGGCUAUAG